CCACAUUUCUAUUCCUAGCACGCACUACGCCUACAUAACUGCCAUUCAAGACACGAGUGCGAAGGACGAAGAUUAUUUCGACAUGAUAGUGUUGUCACAAAAAUGGCCCAUCACCUACUGCAAGUAUUGGAUGCAACAACGCAGAGCCAACCGCUGCGUCUUCCCCACAGCGUUCGGCCGAUGGACCCUACACGGCAUUUGGCCGUGGAGAAAGAAAGACGACACCUUCCCAGAAUACUGCGAUAAAUCAUGGAAGUUUGACGAAAACCAAAUCCGAGACAUAAAACCUGAGCUAAAACAGGCGUGGAUGAAUAUUUUUGAAGGAACAAUGCCCAACAGCUUAUGGGAGCACGAAUGGAACAGACACGGCACUUGCGCCAGCGUCAUGGAACCCUUCAGCACGCAAUUCAGAUACUUCAAGAAAGGCGUAGAGUGGAACCUCAAGUACUGGGUCAAAGGCAUGUUGGAAGACGCUCAAGUCUUCCCUUCUGACGUCAAGAAGUAUAGUCCACAUGCUUUCGUCCGUGCCGUAGAAGGCAGGACGGGGAAGCAGCCAUUUAUUGUGUGUCAAAAAUUAAAAAAUGGAGUCUCGUAUAUAAAAGAAAUCCGUUUGUGUUUCGAUACACACUACAUCUUCAUUGAUUGUAAUACAGUUAUUGAUGAUACUAGUUGUGACGAGGAUGUCAUUUACCCUGCCACUGUAUAAUAUCUAGGAUGUUUAACGUUCCACUCUAGGUAAUUCAAUUAAUUUUUAUAAUUUCUAUUGUAUACUUUAGCCUUUAUUGUCUUGUUGAAAAUUGUUGUUAUGAAUUAGACUACAUUAACAUAAUCUACAUUCCUUAUCCAAUGU